AUGGAUGGUGGAAAGAGGCGCGUUGACUCCCGAUGCGUCGCCACCGCUGGUGGCAAGGAUAAUCUGAUUAUCGAUCAGAUCAUGUUGAAGUACCGUCCGAUCGCUCCGAGGCCGGUUACUGCUGAGAGUUCCGGUCAGUCGUUACGGACGAAAGAUGGGAUGAUUAAGAGGAAGAGAGUGAAGAGGAAGUACGUGAGAGUGAAGAAGAGGAAGAGUAACGCGACUGGGUGUAGUUUGACGAUAAACGAUAAUAAAAGCAGCUGGUUCGAUUUGGAGAAAGCUGUUGCGAUGCUCGAGGAUUCCAAAGGAAAUGAGCUUGUUGUUUCAGAUCCGUUGCAGAACGUUUCGAACUGGAUCAGUUUCGAUUUACCUGGUAACAACAGAAAAGGUUUUAUGAAUAAUUUAAUUGAUUCUGCUCCGUCGAAGCAAUUGUCAUCAGAUCUGCAUGGCGUAGAUCUGGCGACGGCGAUGCAGCAAAGGAAGGUAGUGCAGUCUUGGAUCACUCUGGAAUCGGUUACCGGUACGUGUGAGGAUCGGAGGUUGUUAGGCUACACGGAUGAAGAGAUAUGGAAGAAUCUAGAGAGUGAUAGCUGUCCAGGUUUCAUAUCGAACAGUUUCGAUGAGGUCCUGUGGGUGAAUCCGGCAUACCGGAGGAUGCUGGAUCUGAAUUCAGAAGGUCGAGCACCGGCGACAGAGGUGGCGGUGUGGCUGGGGGUAAAAGUGGAAAAAUCCAUGGUGGUAAAAUACCUGCCAGCUUUCUCAUGCAGAGUCAGAAUUGUGUACCGGUUAUCUGAGAAGAAGACGCAGAUGGUGGUGCCCUGCGACGUCUGCAAGAUGGAUUCCGGUGGCUUUGCAUGGCGGCUGGAUGUCAAAUCUGCCUUGAGCUUGGGGCCAUUGAAUUAA